AAAUCUUGAUAUCUAGUGUUUUUGAUUUCGCUUAUAAUGUCGUCCAAACUUUUAACGUUCUUUAUCCUCCUAUCUCUUGUGGCGAUCCACCACAUCCCUGUCGUGACAUGCAGACAAUGGUGCAUGGCAAUGCCUAAUGCUUCAGAUGAGCAGUUACAAGCGAACAUUGACUACGCUUGCAGCAACGGGGUCGAUUGUACACAGAUCCAACCCGGGGGAGUAUGCUAUGAACCAAACACUCUUUACAGCCACGCGUCGUAUGUGAUGAACGCUUAUUACCAGAGUCAUGGUCGCAUUGAAGACUCUUGCAGGUUCAACCGCAGCGCUUGCUGGGUCAUGGUCGACCCAAGUUAUGGCUCAUGUGUGUACUACACUUAAAAGAAGCAAUUUUCUCAAAAAAAAAAAACACGGUUUUGAAAUUGCGUUAUUACUUUAUUGUGUGUUUGUUAA